ACCAAACAAGCCAUACGCUGAAAUAUGUUUUCCGCCGCUGCUGCCACUCGUAUCGCCACGAAGAGGGGAACCUCGUCGCUUUUGUCGACGUCUCUCUUCAAGGGAGCAAACAACAAGAACCCCACGAAGUUGGCGGAUCUURCCCGUGCCUCGAAAACGCAGACCCGAAGCUUUAUUUCUCGACCGGACCCCGAGAUUCUUCGUAGUGCCCUAGAGCCCUUGAAGAGGAACUGGAAGCCAAUAGUCGGUGGUUUGAUCGGAGCCACCGGUCUUUUGCACGCCAUGUAUGGCCAAGAAGACAAUUUCUAUGACCAUCGAUUCAUCGUCGAUGUCGACCCCGACGAUCUUGCUGACUUUUACGGAAGUGAGAACUUUAUGGUACGUGCAACAUUGAGUUGUUCCUAGUGUAGACACAAGAAUCUGGAUUCUGUCGUGACUACACGCGUUUUACGAAGCUUAUUCAUCGGAAUGAAAUCGAUGAAAUGUUGGAAAAGAAAAUGAACAURUCGGGCUGUUCUUUGUAUCUCGACGAUACGAAGCAUUGGUGUUUCGUGCACUGCCGAAGAUAAUCAAUAUGCAUGUUUACAUUUUCGGAGGGAUUCUGGUCGAAGAAAACGCAAAAAUUCGAUGCGUGAAAUUACAUGAUUUCUCACACCAAAUUCAAUUCCGUCUCUUUUGAAAAAUCAAAAUGGCACCAAACGAAUCAACACCAAAUGAACGCAAUAAAUACACAUUGCAAAACCACACAACAACUUGAAUAAAUACUACGAAAAUAGGAUCUUUACUGCAUUUUGCCCWUCAUGGGAACCUUGAUGAUGCGUGGAAGUUACUUCGAUGACGAAGGUACAGUUCACUCCCAGGGUCUUCCAUUUGGAGAACUUCUCRUUUCCAUGGUCUUUUCUGACAGUGAUGAAGAUGGAGACGGGACCGAGGCUGGAAAAUGGUUUAACAAGAGAGAGCGUUUUAAGAACGAAUGCUUCGGUGGAAGAUACGUUAUGUGGGAUAUGGUCACCAAUUUUGGGUUCGAGACCCUYCCCGACGGACGUGUUAUGGUGUACCACCACGGAGAGUAUUUCAAYGGAUACCUUCCUCCCCUUUCGUUGAUCAUGAGUUUCGUCUUCCGAUUCCACUCGAAGGUUGUUAUCAAAACUACCGAGCAUCAUCUCAAACACUACGCCUUCAGAAACGAUACCGAAAUCGAUGAGAAGAUGGAACACGAAUCCCGGGAUGCCAUGCCAWUCUUCUGGUUGAAGAACUACAACCCACUCCGAGUUAUUGCCUUCCUUUUGUUUGACAAAGAACUCGAUAUGCCCAACCACUUGAAGAAGAAGAGAGCAGAGCAAAUGGCCAUCUACAAGGCCGAAAACCCUGAUGAAGACGAAGACGAGGAAGAGGAAGAAGAAGAAGACGAGGAAGUUAUCGCCGCCACACUGGCCAGGAAGAAGACGAUCGCCGAUGCUGUUCUCAGUAAGAAACACACAUUGCCCGUUCAGAGACCCGAGAUUAUGCGUCGAAUCACCAUGGAUAUUGCCAUGGACAAGGCCCAGUCUUUGGCAACCCUUUCCGACGAGGAUACCGAGGAUGAAGAAGACGAAGCUGUCGAUGCCCUUGUCGCCAGCAAGACGUCCGAUAGCUCCGCAACCCAGGUGGCSAAGAAGAGAGCUACUCUUCGUCGAAUUGCUACCAACACUGCAUUGAAGCGAUUCCAAACAUCGUUGAACCGUGGCCCCGCCACCCCUGUUGAAGACGAUGCCGAAGAGAGUUUGAUGAAGGCCUCCGAUUCCAAGGCGCUCGAGGAUCUUGCCAAGGCCGAYCCCAACGACACCAAGGCCGCCGUCGCUUUGACGGCACGUGCUAGAUUGGCCACACGACGGGCCACCAAGAUGCAACGCCGAAGAACCGCAGUGGUCCGAGCCGAGAAACUCAACGAAGCCAUCAAAUUCGAAAUUAAGAAGGACAGACUCGACAACGCGUACGGAGGGUACCGAUAAGCUCGAAUAUUGUGCCAGACCAUAUCGAACCUUUCGAGGAACGGUAGGAUUGUUAUUMACUAACCGAAGUCAUUGUGAUUCUAUUGARAAGUAGYGAAUGUUGAAGAUAGUCAGUAUAUACUGUGUAUGUGAAAGCUACGAGCAGAAACCUUUUGACUCUGUUUCWAUACUUAAUAAGCCCAAUUUUAWAAA